AUGUCCAACAAACACUGGAACUACACUGAAGACCUGGUCCUGCCCCACCUUCGUGGUUUAUGCCGCACCAACCCAGACCUGCGGCUAAUAGCCUCUGAGAGAGUGGUGUUCACCACGUCUUCGCCCGAGUCAAAGGUGAUGAUCCUUUCUGGGGGUGGAUCUGGUCACGAGCCUUUGCACGCUGGUUUUGUUGGUGACGGUCUUUUGGACGUUGCUGUUGCGGGGUUUGUCUUUGCGUCUCCAUCCACUAAGCAAAUCUUCAGCGGAAUCAAGUCGAAACCUUCUAACAAGGGAACUCUUAUAGUCGUCAAGAACUAUACUGGCGAUAUCCUGCACUUUGGACUUGCUGCCGAAAGAGCUAAAGCUGAGGGAAUUCCCGUGGAAUUGCUCAUUGUUCAAGAUGAUGUUUCUGUGGGAAAGACCAAAAACGGUAUGGUCGGACGUCGUGGUUUGUCGGGAACAGCCGUCGUCCACAAAAUUGUAGGAGCAAAGGCGGCAUCAGAUUCUGGAGCCACUCUUGAAGAUGUUGCGCAGUUGGGAAGAGACGUGAUCUCCAAUUUGGUCACUAUCGGAGCCAGUCUGAAUCACGUGGUGAUCCCAAAGAAGAUUUCUUCGGCUGACGAUGAGAUUGUUGAGUCUGACAGUGAAGACGAGCAUGAAGGGUUGAAGGAGGACGAAUAUGAGAUUGGAAUGGGUAUUCACAAUGAACCAGGAGUCAAGAAGAGCUCUCCAAUCCCGACGGUGGAUUCCGUGGUGGAGGAACUGUUGGUCUAUCUUUUGUCUGAGAGCGACAAAGACCGUUCUUAUGUCAAAUUUGACAAGAAGGACGAGGUUGCAUUGAUGAUCAACAACUUGGGUGGAACGUCUAAUUUGGAGAUCUACGUUAUCCAAGACGCCGUCUGCAAGAAGCUCAAGGAGAUCUACGGAAUCGUUCCGGUAAGAGUGUAUACGGGUACUUUCACCACUUCCAUAGACGGACCUGGUUUCAGCAUCACGCUGCUCAAUGUGACCAAGGCCGGUGGUGAUAAUGUUCUUGAGUAUUUGGAUUACCCUACCACGGCUCCUGGCUGGAACUCGGCUAUCUCCACGGCCAAAUGGUCUGCUGGUGAGACUGAAAACUUCGUUGUUGAAGACCCACAGGCUGAAGCAGCAUAUCCGACUUCGCAAGUCAAGUUCGACCCGGAGGUAGUUUCGGCUCUGUUGGAAGCCGGUGCUAAGAGUGUCUUGGCCAAGGAGAGCAAGAUCACACUGUACGACACGGUUGCUGGUGAUGGAGAUUGUGGUGAGACGCUUGCAAGUGGCUCAAACGCCAUCCUCAAGGCCUUAAAAGACAAAGAUCUGGAAUUGGGGGAUGCCGUCAAGUCGCUUUCGCAGUUGACUGACAUCAUCGAGACUGCCAUGGGUGGUACCUCUGGUGGUCUUUACUCAAUAUUUUUGUCUUCGUUGGCCAAAAGUUUCAAGCACACCGAGAAAGCCAAGGGUGGUUUCCAGGUGACAUUGCCAGUCAUGGCUGCUGCCCUAAACGAUGCUUUGGAGUCACUGUUCAAAUACACUAGGGCAAGAACUGGUGAUCGUACGCUGAUAGACGGCUUGGAGCCUUUCGUCAGAACUUUAUCGAAAACAAACGAUCUUGGCAAGGCAAAUCAAGCCGCUUUCGAGGGCUCUGAAUCUACGAGAAAACUGGAUGCUAAGUUUGGCAGAGCCUCAUAUGUUGCCAAGGAAGAAUUCGAGCAGUUUGAAUCUGAAGGUGGAUUGCCAGAUCCAGGUGCAGUGGGAUUUGCCGCUUUGAUCGAUGGCUUCACCAAAGCCUACACCAAGCUGGGAAGCAAGCUUUAG